AUGCCUGGUCCUCCCGCGCAGACCUCGGGCUUGGGCCAGUACGGCGCCUUCCAAGCGCAAGUCGUCCAUGCCAACUCCACCCUCAAUGCCUUUGUCGGGGGCAAGCAGAAGCCAUGGAUGGCGAAUGCCACUCGUGUCCAGCCAAGCCCGCGCCCCCAGCCUCAGCCUUCUCGAUCUCAGGCGCAACAGAGCCAGCAGCCCCUUCCCCCGGUGCUCCCAACAACUCCUGCAAACGUGAAUGUGCUGCCCUCACCAGCACCUAGCGACGAGCCGAGCCCUGCCCUGUCGAAUCCCCUCGAUAGCCCGAAUCCUCGUACCUAUCAAAUCCCAACAGCCACACAGAAACAGUCGACCGGGCAGUCUAUACAAUACUCCUCAUCGCCCCAGACUGCCUCAAACUCUCGCCCUCCGUACCCCGCGGCCGCCAUCGCGGCCGCCGCGGGGACCUUGGGGCCGACCGCUGCCUCGGAGCAGGCGACGACCGAGACGCCCUCUGAAAGUGUACUUGCCUCACCAGGCAUGGCUCCUCCGAAUCCGCCCCAGCAAAACGAUGGAGACCAGGUGGAGAAUGGCGGGAACGACCUAGGUUUGCCAAACGUUGUGCCUGGACGCGCAGAGGUGCAGUCAUCGUCAGCCUCUGAGGACGGCCGUGCUAGCAAGAGGAGACGCGUUGAGGGCGUGACUCUAAGGAACCCUUCCGACGGGAUGGUGACGACUUCACAUAGUCACGUUGCACCAAACCCACCGGCAGCCGCCGCCGGCUUGACUUUCGCUGACUUGGCAUCCUUCAUCGAUCAUCGUGUAGAUCAACAAGGGGGUGAACAGGCGCUGCAGCCUGUCGUCGAAAAGCCUCGCUUCCACAUCCUACGAGACGCGUGUGUCAAGCAAGACUACUUCUAUCUUGUCCUGCAUCAGCUUUACUGCCUUUGGUCCGUCAAUCCACAAAAAGUCUCUGACUUGCUUCUUGGUGACAUGGGGACGAUAUCCAUGGGGUUUGGGAUUUUGGACUCGGUUCUUAAGAAGAACUCUGGGUUUUCAAGGUCCAAUCUGGAAUGGUGCGCAAACUUCCCAUGCCAGCACGCCGACUUAUCUCACAGUCAGACUGUGUCCAAUGUUGCAACAUUUCUUCUCCGUCUUGCCGACAACUGGACAGCGCUCCAUGAAGGAUCGUUCAACCGAGUCUGUCCAUAUCUGGUGGACGAGAUGAUUGGCAAACUCCAAUGCUAUUCUGUCGUCCUGCAGGGCAUUCUAUUCACAGCAUCACGACGGAGACUUGGUGUUCUGGAUGGCCAGCUCGGUACAGAGAUGGAUCACUGUUUCCGCAAAGAUCAACAAGAUCACAUAGUAGACGGCCAGUUCCGAGUCCUCCUUGCCUCCGAUGAGCCGGGCGAGCUCGAACGGCGCAACCACGACCUUAUCCAGCGGUACCAAAAAAUUAUAUCAGCAGUCGAGCAACAAGGGCAAGAGAUUGCCCGGCAGCAGCAACAGUUCCUGGCCCGGCAGCAAAAUCUUCAGAUUCAGCAAGCGCAAACACAGUCGCCACAACAAACACAAUUCCAGCAAUCUGCGUUCCAGCCCAACUCUCCGUAUGAGCGGCAGCAAAAUCAGAUUGCGCGGGUAUCUUACGCAAGGAGAACCUCGGUCCAGACCGCAUUGCCUUUGAAUACGCCACCACAGCGACCCAUACCGUCACCAACGACAGAUGCACCCCAUCAUGCCAUUAACAGUCCGCCCAUUCCACAGAACGUGUACAUCUCGCCAGUUUCAGGGCAUAUGGGACAUGUUCCCUCAGCACUCGUUCUUCAGAGCUCCUCAUCCGGCGCUAUACCCUCAUCACCGAUGGUGCAGUCCAUGCAUAGCCCUCAGGCUUACGCGCAGGGCGGUGUCAACCAGCAGCAGUACAGCUUUGGGAAUCAACAUGUCCCGGCUCAGAACAUGCAGAGCGUGCAGUACAUCAAUCCUUAUACCCAGAAUAUGGUUUCGAUGCAAACGGCUGCCGCGCAGCAACAUUGGCCCAGAGAGAGAUACCCGACCACCCAUCCACAGAUGCACGCGCCGCGAUUUGCAAACCCCCCUCAAAUUGUUCAUGGGCACAACACAAAUUUACGGCCACAGGUACCGCAACAAGUGCGGGCGAAUGUCCCACCAGCCGCAACACGGUCCCAUUUCCUGACAACAUUUGUCCCGCGACCGGGUCAGGUAAUCGAGCGAAGUGAUUGGCCACAUGCCCACCAAGACAAGAAGUCUCUUAUGAUGUCCUUACACCAGGCUCAGGCUCGCAGCCCUGAUCGGACCAGGCGGGCUGACGAGGACGCAGAACGACACUACCAGGCUGUCCGCUCAUUGGCGAUUGAACCGUUCCGCCUGGUCUACUUCCAUGAACUCGAGUUCACAGUGGCACCUGAGAUCCAUUCGUUACUUUGCAGGAUAAAAAAGGUGCCUCCUCUUGGUGCCCAAAUAUCGCUGUCUACUGUUCGCGAAUACACAAACAGGUCACUUCGAUACCGGCUCCGUUGUUGUCGAACCAACACAGACAAGUCGGUCGCAGAGUCGGACUGGGUGACGAAGGAGACUUCUUGGCCAGAUUACAUCUUCCCGCACUUCAAUGGAGAAAAGCUCGUCGUGAGACGAGGCACCCACCAUGGGAAGGAUCUCCCUGUGGAGCUGACUGACUUCGUGGUUCCAGGCUUGAACAAGCUCAAAGUAGCGACCAUGCAGGCCGGGCCGACUGCUGACAAGAUAGCCAGGUCUUUUCACUUGGCGGUGGAAGUUGUGGAAACUCUAACCCACUCGGCAGUCCUGGACCACGUCUGGGCGACAGGUGUGGUCGAUUCCGCUGAGACCUUGGAGAAGAUCAGGAAGAGAAUCGAAGUGGUUCCAGACGAGGACGGAAUCGCUGUGAUUGAUCAAAGUGGUGUCACAGCCUCGGAACUCUCGAUAGACUUGACCGACCCGUUCAGCGCGAGCAUAUUCUCGAUACCAGCCCGUGGCUCAGCGUGCACUCACAUGGAAUGUUUCGACCUCGGAACGUGGCUCAAUACACGCCCGAUCAAGCAGACGAUCAAGAUUGGGCUACCAUUCGUUGGCACAUCCCCGAAACGUCUCGAGCCCUCGGAGCCCGACAAGUGGAAAUGCCCCAUCUGUUUCGGAGAUGCCAGGCCAAGGAGUCUUCGAAUUGACAGUUUUCUGCUUGGUGUGCGGAGACAGCUCGAGGAGCAAAACAAGCUGGAGACGAAGUCGAUACUUGUUGGGGCUGAUGGCACAUGGCGGCCCGUCGUCGAGCCAGUCGACGACGAGGAUGCUGGCAGUGAUGGUGAUGGUCCGGUUCCGAAGGGUCCAAUCGCUAACUCGCGCAAGCAAUCAAGCAAGUCAAUUUCCGUUGAGAGGGCAGCGGUAGAGAUCAUCGAGCUUGACUAG